CACAUCUUCCUCCAGCAUUGUUCUUCCUGGCGGCCAGGUGGAGUGGCAGGCUCCUAGGGUUUCCAGCUCCCGUCGCCGCCUUCCCUCCCGAAAGGUUUUGAAAUCCCUGGUCUCCACACCGCCACGACUUCCUGCUGUGCAGCCGCUGCCCAAUGGAGGCCCGGAGAGCUGGGAGCUCCGUGCGGAUUCCCGUGUGACUCAGGGCGCGGGCCGGCUGCACGCCUUGCUUGUGGACCGUCUGCUGAGCUUGCACGGAGGUCCUGAGGAACAUCCACUUCCCACUGCACUUGCUGGUAAAUACUUGCUCACGUUUUGAAGUCCAGGGCUGCCAGAGGCGUGUGUGUGACAAAUCUUACAAGUGACCUUAUUCCAUCUUAAAUUCUCCAGGGGACCCAGUAAGGGUGACCCUAAAAAGACCGGAAACAUGCCGACUCAGUCCCUCCUCGUGUACAUGGACGGGCCGGAGGUCAUCGGCGGGGCUCUGGGCUCGCAGGUGGAGAUGGAUGACGCCAUGGUCGUCAAGGGGACAGCGUCCGUGCCAUGUCGUGCCGCGCAGGAGAAGAGCGUCCUGCAGCUGGACGGCUGCAUCCCGCUGGACUGCAUGUUUUGCCAGCAGACCUUCACGCACUCGGAGGAGCUCAACCAGCACGUGCUGCUGCAGCACCGGCCCACGCUCUGCGAGCCGGCCGUGCUGCGGGUGGAGGCGCAGUACCUGAGCCCGCUCGACAGGAGCGAGCCCGGGCCGCCCGCCGAGCGGCCCUGCGGCCAAGGCCAGGGCGAGGGCGAGAGCGAGGGCGACGGCGAGGGCUUCAGCUGCGAGGUGUGCGGGCAGACGUUCCGGGGCCCCUUCGACGUGGAGCUGCACAUGAAGCGGCACAAGGACUCGUUCACCUACGGCUGCGGCCGCUGCGGGCGGAGGUUCAAGGAGCCGUGGUUCCUCAAGAACCACAUGCGCGCGCACAACGGCAAGGCGGGCACCCGCAGCAAGCUGCCGCCGGGCCCCGAGAGCCCCGCCACCAUCAACGAGGUGGUGCAGGCGCGCGCGGCCGGCGUCGCCUCGCCCUACAAGAUCUGCAUGGUGUGCGGCUUCCUCUUCCCCAACAAGGAGAGCCUCAUGGAGCACAGCAAGGCGCACGCCAAGGACGCCGCGCGCCCGCACGCCCCGCAGGAUGCGGCGCCCGCCCUGUCCCCCAGGGAGGAGCUGCUGCAGUUUCUGAACUUGAGGCCCAAGUCGCGCCCCGAGGCCACCCGGAAGCCCGUCACCUGCAUACCUCAGCUCGACCCGUUCACCACCUACCAGGCCUGGCAGUUGGCUACCAAAGGCAAAGUGGCCAUUGCCCAAGAAGAGGUGAAGGAGUCGGGCCAAGAAGGGAGCACGGACAACGAUGAUUCGUGUUCGGAGAAAGAGGAGCUGGGAGAAAUCUGGACCGGGAGUAAGUCUGAAGGCUCUGGAAAAUCCAAAACAAACAGGAACAGUUGUCCAGGCCUCUCACAAGACAAAGAAAAGUCCAGACAUGCCAACGGCGAAGUGCCUUCCUCAGAUGCUGACUCCAAGUUGCCCACCAGCAAGGAGAAGCCCACACACUGCUCUGAGUGUGGCAAGGCCUUCAGGACCUACCACCAGCUGGUUCUGCACUCUCGGGUGCACAAGAAGGAGCGCAGGGCCGACGCCACCUCGCCCACUGUGUCUGUGGACGGGCGGCAGCCUGGCACGUGCUCGCCAGACCUUGCUGCCACUCUGGACGACGGUGGGGCUGUGGAACGAGAAGGGGGCUCCGAAGAUGGGUCUGAGGACGGGCUCUCCGAAGGGCUUCAUUUGGAGAAAAAUGAUGAUGGAGGAAAAAUGAAGCAGCUCACAUCCUCGCGAGAGUGUAGUUACUGUGGCAAGUUUUUCCGUUCAAAUUAUUACCUCAACAUUCACCUCAGAACGCACACAGGUGAGAAACCAUACAAAUGUGAAUUCUGUGACUAUGCCGCCGCCCAGAAGACCUCUCUGAGGUAUCACCUGGAGAGACACCACAAGGACAGGCAGGUGGCUGACAAUGCUGCCGAAGUCAAGAGCGAAGGCAAAACCCAGGAGACCGGAGAGGCACUGCCGAGUGCUGACUGUGACCAGACCAAAAAUUUAAAGAGACUAUUAGAUGGCGCCAAAGAUGUUAAAGGCGGUCCACCUGCCAAGCAGCCCAAGGAGACACCGGCUCUGUUUCCAAGUGCUCUGGGCAGCGCCAUCCUCUCACCAGCACACAGGGCUACUCAGGAUUCCCAUAAAGGUGCCGCUGACAAUGGUGCUGAGAAAGUGAGCAGAAGUCCCGCCCCCACUUACCUGGAUAUGCGGAAAAGGAAACCAGCGGGCGAGUCUCAGACCACUGGCCCUGCUCAUGAGCCAGAGGGGAAUGGGGCCCUGCGGGAGACUGUGACCGACGGCAAGUACAAGCCUGUGGCGGACUACCAGGACAGACCCCUGAAUUUGUCCCUGGGGGCCCUCCACGCCUGCCCUGCCAUCUCUCUGAGCAAGACUGUCAUCCCUAGUAUCACCUGCCCCUUCUGUUCCUUCAAGACCUUUUACCCGGAAGUUCUGAUGAUGCACCAGAGGCUGGAGCACAAGUACAACCCGGACAUGCGUAAGAAUUGCAGGAGUAAAUCUGUGCUGAGGAGUAGACGCACGGGGUGCCCUCCCGCCUUACUGGGGAAGGAUGUGCUUCCACUGUCCAGUCUGCACAAGCCCAAGGCCAAGCCUGUCUGCCCAGCGCAGCCCAAGUCCCUGCCAGCCGAGAAGGUGCGACAGGGCCCCUCGGGGCAUGGCAGAGUGACCCCUACUUCAGGGCCAGACUCCAGCACUUUAGCCCCAAGUAACCUAAAAUCUCACAGGCUGCAGCCCAGUGCUGGGGGCCCGGGAGCCACCAGGUCGCAGCAGCCUGAGCUGUUACCUAAGACCAGUGUUUCUCCUGCUGUGGAUAAGACGAAAAGACCUGAGCUGAAGUUGAAAUCCCUGCCAGCCACCCCUUCUCAGUCCCCUCUAGGCAGCAGUAGUGAGAACGGUUCCAUCGAGUACCCCCCGAAGGGUGAUGCCCCAUGGGCACCUCAAGGGCGAGACUAUUUCUGUCAUCGGAGCACCAAUACUGCCGCAGCCGAGUUGGGCGAGCCACUUCCGAAAAGACUCAAGUCCAGUGUGGUUGCCCUGGAAGCCGAGCACCCGGGGCCCAAUGGCAGACGGAGUUACGAGCUUCCCAAGUACCACGUGGUCAGGAGCAUCGCCUCACUGUUGCCACAGGAGUGUGUGUGCCCGGCCCCGGUGCUGCCCACCAAAGCCAGGUUCCUGAGCUCGGGCGAGGUUGAGUCACCAAGUGUACUGGCCAUUCAGAAGCCUUACAGCAACUCUGGGCCCCUGUAUGCCUGUGGAGCCGCGGGGCACCUGGCACCCAGCCCGGCGCUAGAAGCAGGGAAGAGGCCUGUGUCCUACCAACACUUACCUAACAGCAUGCUACAAAAGAGAAACUAUGAGAAUUUUAUUGGAAAUGCCCAUUAUCGACCAAAUGACAAAAAAACUUGAAUUCCUGUUUUUGAGGGAAAGAGAUCUUGCUGGAUAUAAAUACAUACUCUCCAUGACAUGAAACUUGAGUUCAUCUUCUGAGAAAGCAACUAGUGAAAGCUACUGAAGCAAGCUGUGAUUGUACUGUCCAUAGUCCAUGUGAGGAACACUACACUUUUGUAAAGUUGUUCUGUUAACUUUUGUACCAAAUAGCAAUAAAAACUACUUGCAACAGUUGGGCUGUAUACAAAUGGGGACUGGAAAUCUCUAUUUUGUCCCUGAAUAAUAUAUAUAUAUUUUUAGAAUUGACCAAAUGAGUUUUUUGCAUACUUGAGCGCUGCUGAAAGGAACUGUUU